GGCACUCACCUAUAUAAUGAACGCAUCACGAAAAAUGAACUUCAUAUUUACGCUGGUGUUCGUUGUCAAAGGAGGAACUGCGCCAAUGAGGGCCAAGGAUGUCGUUGUAGCUGCGGCGGCAGUGGUGGUGGUGAUGGUCCUCUGCGCGGCCACCCAGGUAUCCGCCAGACCGCAGGAAGUAGAAGACCCGCCGACAGAGGGUGAAGAAAAGCCUAUCCUCUUCCCAGAUCAAGACCAGAAUGCCGCCAAAGAGUUCGAAAUGGCCGAGACCGAAGGAGAGCAGACCGAACCAGACCUGAUUGUGUUAACGGAGACAAACCAGGAAGGUACGGAGAUGUCUGAAACCAACACGGAUCAAACUGGAGCUUCGGAAUCCAUCCCAGACCAAAUCAGCGAGCCAGAAGCCAGUCCAGACCAGAGCGAUGUGCCCGAGAACCCGCAGACCGAAACUGACGUGAUGGAUUCCCCCAGCUUCGUGUUUGAUGAAGGUGACAUGACUAAAACGAAACCAGGCGACGGUGAAGUGACGUUUCAACCCGAAGGUGACUUGAGCGAGAUGAAUCCGGAUGAAUCUGCGAUCAAAGUGAAUGAAAAUGACAUGGCGAAGGAUAACCCAGGGGAAAGUGACAUGUCUGAAGCUAAGCCAAGCGAGGAUGAGAUGAUGUCAGAAGAUAAGCCAGAUGAAACAGAAUCAGCUAUGUCUGAUCCAAAGCCAGAUCACAAACCCACGUCUGAAGCAACGCCGAGUGAAGCUGAAACGUCUGAAAUGAAACCCAGUGAAGCUGAAACGUCUGAAAAGAAGCCCAGUGAAGCUGAGACGUCUGAAACGAAGCCCAGUGAAGCUGAAACGUCUAAAACGAAGCCCAGUGAAGCUGAAGCGUCUGAAACGAAGCCAAGUGAAGCUGAAACGUCUGAAAUGAAGCCCAGUGAAGCUGACAUGACCGAUCAAGCGACCCCCAACGGAAAGGACACCGAGAAGGAGAUGACUGAAACAAAACCGAAGGAAACCACUGAUGCCACUGAGACCAAAACAAGCCAGAAGGAUCAACCGCAGACACAGGAGACCAAACCAAGCGAGGCCACAACCAAGCCAGAGACCACGCCACAACCAAAACCAGCACAACAAGAGACCACGCCUAAACCAAAGCCAACCCAGAAAGUGCCCAGACCAAGACCGAGCCAGAAGGAGACGAGACCAAAGCCGAGACCAAGACCCAGCCAGUCGAGCGGAAGUGACGGCAAGGACCAGCAGGAGAGGCCGUCCAGCGCCAAGCCAGACCGAAAUGACGCCGGGGAGACCAAACAGAACAAGACCUCAACGUGUCGCGAACCUGGUGUGGAGUAUCCUAAAGGCAUCACCUUCGACGAGCUGCGGGCGGCGCUGGAGGAAGCCCGUGUGCUGCUGAUAGACGUGAGGCAGCCCUGGGAACUCCGCGAGACGGGCCGCCUUCCCUGGAGCUACAACUUGCCGCUCCCUGAGAUCGAGGAGGCAAUUGGGCUAAGCGAGAACGCCUUUAUGGAGAGGUACGGGUUCCCCAAGCCUAUGCCGGAGGACAAGAACGUGGUGCUGACGUGCAGGUCCGGCAGAAGGAUACGAGUGGCCUGGGACCUGCUGGAGCCUUAUGGGUACUGCGACGUCAGGUUGUACUUCGGUUCCUACCUGGAAUGGAAGAGUCGAGGCGGUCCCCUGCUGCCCGUCCCUCCUCCCCGCAGGCCCUUCUAGUUCCAAACACACCAAGCUCCUCGUCCUCUUCCUCUUCUCGUCUUCUAAACUGUAUUUCAUCGUCUCGGCCUCCUCAUCUUCCAAAGUUUACAUUCUUUUUUCCCCAAGGUUUAUUAUAUAUGUUUUUUUUUUUUUUUUUUUUUUGUCUUCCUCGUCUUCCUUCUUUCAGUUUUUAUUGUUUUAUUCUCCUCUUCUUCGUCUUCCAAGGUUUAUUUCAUAGUUUUGUUUGCUUAAUCUCUCUCUCUCUCUCUCUUUCUCUCUCUCUCUCUCUCUCUCUCUCUCUUAGAUCACCAUUUUUAUUAAUAUUCAUUUCCUUCUUUGUCAUCCCUUUGUAUAUUUUGUUUAUUUUCAAAUAUGUUCCUAGCUUUGGUAAUUAUUCCCCUUAUGCCUAUUUUCUUUGCAUCGCUUUCAUAUGCUUAGUGAAAUGCAAUGUUCAUAGGCUUUAUACAUACAUUUCCAUUGUCCCUCACACUAUCAAGUGAAUCAUAUUUAUUAUCCUAUCUGCACUUUUAGCGUCGGCCAGAAUGCAAUAGUCACCCAUAAAAGUAGCUAGUUUUCUACAUUCACCUGUCGCCUGGAUCUCUAAACGACAGCUGGUUAUUAAUUUUGUUCACUCACUCUGGUAUUAGGGAUCAGUCAAUCAAUAACACCAAUAAUAAUGACUUAAUUUCGUUUUAAGGUAUUAAAAGUACACAAGAAAGAAUACAGCUAGGCUUAAGAAUAUAAUGGAACUGAGUAUACAUUAGUUUACAAUAUUUUUUUUCUCUCUCUCUCUCUGUUAUAAAACAAGAAAAAAAUAAGUUAAUUAUCAUUAUGAAUUAUGACGAAGAAUGAUCUUAGUAAGCUGCUAUACAUGACACAUCUUAAUCAUUAUAUCUCCUAUCAUUAUAAUAAAGUGUGUGAUAUAC